AUGGAACCCCCGUCCAAUGGAAAUCAGUUUACUUGGAUCAAUGGUCAUUCAAAUCCGAUUUGGGUUAAGCUUGAUCGAUUUUUAAUUAACUCGCUCUGGAUCACGUUAUUCCCCAAGGUCUUACAAAACUGCCUGCCCAGGCUGGGAUCUGAUCAUGUCCCGAUUAGACUAGAAGUGGGGUUUCAUUUGCCUAUUCCUAGAUCUUUUCGUUUUGAGCAAGCAUGGUGUUUGACUGAUAAUUUUGAUAUGCUCAUCCGGGAGUGGUGGAGCUCUCUUCACCCCUGUGGGUGUGGGGCCUUCAUCUUAGCUAAGAAGAUCACUCGAUUAAGGGAGAAUCUUAAAACCUGGGCAAAAUUUGAGUUCGGAUCCAUCAAGCUGAAAAAGCUUGGGCUUUUACACGAGAUGGAUUUGUUGGACCGUGUCAGAGAGACUCGUUCUCUUACCCCCUUUGAGGUCAAUGGUGAGGUCCAUCUGAGGACUAAGUUAGGGGCGAUCCUUAGGCAGGAGGAAACUUAUUGGAAGCAAAGGGCCAGAAUGAAUUGGAUUAAAGAGGGGGAUGAAAAUACUAGAUUCUUUCACUUAGUCGCGAAUGGGAGAAGAAACCGAAACUUUAUUCCUUGGGUUUUGCGGGAUAAUAUUCGGGUGGAUGACAUUGAUGGUAUAGGAAGAACUUUCACUUCCUACUAUCAAAACCUUUAUGGCACGGAGCUGACUUAUAGACAUCGGAUCAACUGGACUGCACUAUUAGGGAACAAGGGUAUGCAGAUAAGGCACCGGGUCCGGAUGGCUGACAUCUUUUUACUCUGUGAGGAUUUUUAUUGGGGGCGAGCCAACCUUGAAAGGAUUAAUUGGUCGAAUAUUGCACUGAUCACAAAGAGGCAUUGCCCUCAAGACCCCUUGCAUUAUCGACCAAUUAGCUUGAUUAACUGCUCGCUAAAAAUCAUCACCAAAAUCCUUGCUAACAGGCUUAGCACUAAGAUUGAUGAAUUAAUUGACCCAAAUCAGUCAGCGUUCAUAAAAGGAAGAUGUAUCACUGACAAUAUUGCUACUGCUCAGGAACUUAUCUUCUACAUGCAGAAGAAUCAUCUCAUGGGUCUUAUUCUUAAGGUCGACUUCUCUAAGGCCUUUGAUUCUGUUGAUUGGGGUUUCCUCUUGGAGCUAUUAAGAGCCAGAAGGUUUGGGGAGAGAUGGAUUGGGUGGGUUCAAACCAUUCUGACCUCUUCUAAGGCUAAAUUCCUAGUCAAUAAUGUUCAAAGUGGUUAUGUCCGCUUCCGUAGAGGUUUACGGCAGGGGGACCCUCUCUCCCCUUUGCUAUUUGCACUUGUGGUGGAUUAUGCUGAUGAUCUCUUGGUUAUGUCUACUAGAGGGGGGGAAGAUCUUAGAAUUAUCAAAUUGAUUCUAUAUGUGUUUGAGAGGCUUUCCGGUCUAGCGGUCAAUUCUAAAAAGACAUGUCUUUAUAUCUCUCAAAAGAAUCUUGAACCUCAGGCUUUCUUAGCUAAUACACUCCACUGCUGGGUUGGCGUUCUCCCUUUGACCUAUCUUGGGAUACCUAUCUCUGGAGGACGGCCGCGGAAGCAAGACUGGGAUAUCCUGAUCAAUAAGGUUAGAUCCAGACUGGAAAUUUGGAAGUCCAAAUUUCUAUCUCUCGGGGGAAGAUUAACGCUGUUGAACUCUGUUCUUACUGUCAUCCCCACCUAUUGGAUGUCCUUAUUCAAGCUGCCCUGCUGGGUGAUUAGGAGCAUUGAUAAAAUAUGGAGAGACUUCCUCUGGUCUGGCCCGGACCUGCAGCAUCCUAAGAUCCGUUUAGUUAGUUGGGCGAGAUUGUGUAGAUUUAGAGAGCAAGGGGGUUGGAAUAUUCUCAACUUGGAAGUGUUUAAUAAUGAUCUCCUUGGCAAGUGGUGGUGGAAGAUCAUUUCGGGGGUUCGAUGGUGUGGGGCCGAGAUUUUUAGAGAAAAUUAUUUUGGUAGUAGGCCAACCUGGAAUCUUUUCCAUAAGCAGUAUGGUAGAAGAUCGGUCUUCUGGAAUGGUAUCCUCAAGAUCUUACCUGCCUUCCGGAAAAACAUUUGCUCUCUUGUUAAGGAAGGAUCUACCACUCUCUUCUGGCUAGAUAACUGGGUGGAGGGUCGUGCCCCUGCAGAUAUCUGA